UAUCAUCAUGGAAGAUCUACUACCCUAGGCCUAGAGGGCGGAAUUCAUUUGAAGGGAGGAAGUUUCUGAAUGAAUGAGAGAGAGAUAGCGGCGCGGCGAAAUCCGUGUUUUUAAUCGUUUGUAAAAUAUACAGUGUGAAUUAAAAUGGCAACUGAUGAAGUGGAUAAUUUUCCAGGGCUGUUAGAAAUACCAAAAGAUGAAAUCGAGUUUGGAAAACGUAUUGGUCGUGGCGGAACAAGUAGCGUGUUUAAAGGUGUAUGGAAAACUAAGGAAGAUUUUCCAGUUGCAAUUAAACAUCUAAAUCGUGUUCAAGAAAUUGAGUUAGUUACAUUAAGAAUAAUUAAAGACGAUGAAGGAAAAAACCACAUUGGUCGAAAUUUUAUUACAGAGGUGCUAGGGGUCAUCACAAAGGACCCAUGGUAUUGUAUCAUUAUGGAAUAUGCUGCUAAGGGCUCGUUACUCGAUUAUUUAAGCCAGAAAAGAAAAAAAGAGCAAAGCUUAGACAAAGAUGUGUUCUUUACAUGGACCCGACAAGGUGCUCAUGCCAUAGCAUACCUGCAUGAACAUAAUAUAAUUCACCGAGAUAUUAAAUCGCCAAAUUUCCUAAUCACGGAUAGAAACAAUUUAAAAUUGUGUGACUUUGGAAUUUCGCGCAUCACCGAUGGAACAGUUAGCACAAUCAUGGCCGGAUCGUUAGCAUGGAUGGCCCCGGAAAAUCAUGAGUUUUUUAAAGAACGCUCAAAUCAUAUCAAAGUUUCACCGCGAUCGGAUAUUUACUCGUAUGGUGUUGUGAUUUGGGAAAUGUGGACGUGUAAGAAGCCGCAAGAUACGACGAUGGAGAAUGCUUGUUACCCACUAGAUGACAGGACGCCAACUGAGCUAAAGAAAUUGCUUCACCAAUGCUGGGAAAACGACAGAAUGAAAAGACCAAGUUUACAAGAUAUCUUGAAUCACAUGGAGAGCUUGUCUGUCACUUUGGGUGUUGAGGUUAAAGACUUUAUUCAGAUGCCAGAUGACAGGCCUUUACCAGGUGGUGGAGGAGAUAAUGCUGUACUUGAAGAACAGACAGUACCACAGGCAAAAAAUCCCAACAAAACGUUCACAGAACAGCACUUGAACAAGCUGUCGAAGCACCUGGGAUCGGAAUGGGAGAGCCUCGCUCGAAUCCUGGGAGUCACCGAAGCAGAGAUCUUUCAGGCUAAGCAUGAGAAUGUUUUCUCAGUACGCAACCAGAUCUUUGGAGCAUUUAACAAGUGGCGGAAACGCAAGUCAUCUUCAUCUGAUUUUGUUAGAAUCAGCAAUGUAAUCGAAGCUUGCCAGGAAGAACAAGUGGAUCUGUCUGUUUACCAGUUUCUUCUAGAUGUAUAAAUGUUUUAAUGUUGUUCUCUAUUAUUGUACCUGCUUGAUUACUGUACAUACAGUAAAGUAGUGCCUCUCUGGAUCAGUGGCGUAUCUAGGAGUAUUGAAAUGGGUGUGGGGGAAAAAGGUGGGGGUGUGGGA